AUGGAGCCGGGAUACGGCGGAUAUGGCACCUGGAGCACUGGGGCCACCAGCACCCAGGGUGAGUUUUCCCACAGCUACGAGGGCUAUGAGUUCUACACCCCGCCCAGCUCGGCGCCGACGCCGCCGGGAGCCUCCUACGGCUACGGGGGAGGGGCGGCCCCGGGCGGCUCCUGGGAGGCUCCCAAGGCCUCGGAGCUGGGGCUGGGAUCCAGCGAGGGAUCCCUGGGAUCGGGAGCGGCCUUCGGCUCCUCGGGAUCCACCUUCGGCUCUUCGGGAUCCACCUUCGGCUCCUCGGGAUCCACCUUCGGCUCUUCGGGAUCCACCUUCGGAUCUUCGGGAACCUUCGGCUCUGCGGGAUCCUCCUUCGGCUCGGGCUCCGGAGCCGCCUUCGGGUCGGCGGGAUCCGCCCUGGCCUUGGGCUCGUCGGGUUCCGGCGCCGCCUUCGGGUCGGGCUCCGGUUACGGGGCGGGGUCGGGCUCCGGUUACGGAGCGGGAUCCUCCUUCGGAUCGGGAUCCGCCUUCGCCGCGGGCUCGGGAUCCUCGCUGGCCUUGGGAUCCUCGGGAUCCACCUUCGCCUCGGGAUCGGCACCGGGAUUGGGAUCCGAGGGCGGCUCCGACUCCAUCAUUGCCAAGAUCAACCAGCGCCUGGACCUGCUGGCCAAGGAGGGCACGGCGGGGGACGGCCGCCAGGAGCAGGACAGCUCUUUCCGUUUCGACUCCUUCUCGUCCCUGGACUCCCGCUCGUGCCGGGAUCCGUUCCGCGCCGCCUUCGCCUCGGGCGACUCCGCCCCGGAGCGGGACCGCGACCGCGACCGGAACCUUCCCUUCGCUGCCCGCGACCCCGCCCGGACCCGCGGCUCCCUGGCGCUCCUGCGCGCCGCUUCCGGCGCCGCUCCCGCCGUCGCUUCCGGCCGCCGUCACUUCCGGCGCCGCCUCCCGGAAGCGUUCCCGGCCGGCUCCCGUUGGAACGAGCUGCAAUUCGCGGGCAACGCGGCGGCAACGCGGGCGGCUCGGGGGCUGCCCUCGCUCUUCUCCCAAGCGCUGGGGCCGGAAUAUCCCGAUUAUCCCGAUUAUCCCGACUACCCCGACUACCCCGACUAUGACUACGGCGAUUAUCCCGCUGAUUACGGCGAUUAUCCCGAUUAUCCCGGCGAUUAUCCCGGCGAUCUGGGCAUGCUGGGAAUGCCGGCAAUGGCGGGGAUGGGCCGCGGUCCCUACGGGAUGAGGAGGAGGGACAGGAUGGGAGCCCUGCCCUGGAACGGCGGCCUGCACAUGGCUCGGCGCCGCGGGUUCCGCGCUCGCUCCGGGGGGCGCUGGGAGCCCGAGGGGGCCCGGAAACGGAAACGGAGCCGGAGCGGGGACGGCACCGACGGCAACGACGACGGCAACGACGACAACGACGACGGCAACGACGGCAACAACGAUGGCAACAACGACGGCAACGACACCGGCAACAACGAGGACCCCAAAAACCCCCGGAGCGACAGCGACGGCAACGACCGCGACUCCGAGCACGGUGAUGAGCUCUGCUGGGAGAGUCCCUCAGGAUCCGAGGAUGAGGAUGAGGAGGUGAAGAAAAAACGGGAGAAGCAGCGAAGGAGAGAUCGAAUGAGAGACAGGGCCAUGGACAGGAUCCAGUUUGCCUGCUCCGUGUGCAAAUUCCGGAGCCUGGAGGAGGAGGAGAUCCAGAGGCACCUGCAGAGCAAAUUCCACCGGGACACGCUGCGCUACAUCGGCACCAAACUGCCCGACAGGACCGUGCAGUUCCUGCAGGAGUACAUCGUGAACAGGAACAGGAAAAUCGAGCGGCGCCGCCAGGAGCUCUCGGACAAGGAGGGCCCCAAACAGAGACCAGACCCCUUCAAGGGGAUCGGCCAGGAGCACUUUUUCAAGCGGAUCGAGGCGGCGCACUGCCUGGCGUGUGACAUGCUGAUCCCGGCCCAGGGGCCGCUCCUGCAGCGUCACCUGCGCUCACCUGAGCACAACCGGAGCCGCAGGGUCAGUGCUGGGCGGCUACGCCAGCGGCGUAAACUGCGGCGCGGGCCCCGCCGCUGCGCCAACGCCGUAAAGGCGGGGGCGCCGCUGGCGCAAGCGCCGCUCGCCGCCGCGUUUCACGCUGCCCGCCGCUGUCUCCGCCGCCUCCCGGUGCGGCCGGCGGGGGAUGCGCGGCCUGGCCGCCGUUACCGCGCGGUGCGGGGGCUCCGGGGGGCGCGGGGGUCGCGGCGGAGCGCCCUCCGCCCUGCGCCGCCGGGGUUACGCCGUUUGCGUACGGCGCGGGGCGGGGCGGGCGGGGCCGCGCUGCGCUGUUUGCGUAAGCGCCGUUUACCGCCGCAUUACGCCGUUGGCGUACGGGAGUCCCGGCGCGGCGUUACGCCGUUUGCGUAG